UGUAUCAACAUGUAGGACAUAUACCUUCAAUAUAAACAUUUAUUUCUCCACAAACUUCCUCAAGAUAAAAGCUGCAAGACCAGCUCAGCCCCUCCCUGUGCCGAGGAAUGUGAGACGCCCUUUAGAUUUUCCUUGUCGGAGACUUUUUACUUUCAUUUCUCUCUUCUGCUGUCAGCGAUGGCGUCUGCUGAUCUGAGACAGGAGCUGGACUGUUCCAUCUGUCUGACCACAUAUACAGAUCCUGUAAACCUGAGAUGUGGUCACAACUUCUGCCGGGUCUGUAUUGAUCGUGUGUUGGAUACACAGGGGGGGUCUGGAGGAUAUUCCUGUCCUGAGUGCAGAGAAGAGUUCCGGGAUCGGCCUGUACUGCAGAGAAACAUAACACUACGUAACAUAGUGGAGACUUUCCGAUCUACUCAGCUGGAAGAAGGGAAGACUGGAAUCUUCUGUACUUAUUGCUAUCACUCUCCUGUACCUGCUGUUAGAUCCUGUCUGCUGUGUGAAGCAUCUCUGUGUGAUAAUCACCUGAGAGUCCACAGCAAGGCACCAGAACAUGUCCUAACCGAUCCCACCACUUCCAUGGAGAACAGAAAAUGCUCCAUCCAUAGAGAACUUCUUAAAUAUUACUGCACUGAGGACUCUGCCUGUAUCUGUGUGUCCUGCAGGCUGGAUGGAGAACACCAGGGACACAAGGUGGAGACUCUGGAUGAGGCCUCUGAGAAUAAAAAACAGGAACUGAGAAAUGUUCUGCAGAAACUGAUGACAGAGAGAGAGGAGACGGAGAAAAGAGUCCAGAGUCUGCAGGAUCGCAGGAGAAAAGUACAAGAAAAAUCAGAGAGAGUCACUGCCCUGUUCAUAGAGCUCAGGAGACAUCUGGAGGACCUGGAGAAGAGAGUCCGGAGGAACAUCUCCAGCCAGGAAGAGCGGAUCUCAUUGUCUGAUCUGAUCCAUCAGCUGGAAAUAAAGAAGAAGGAUCUGUCCAGGAAGAUGGAGGACAUUGAGAAGCUGUGUAACAUGACUGACCCACUGACUGUCCUACAGGAAUCAGACACAGGGGACUUGUGUGAUACUGAGGAGGGAGAUAAUGAGGACAGAGAGAGACAUGAUAGACUCCUCCAUGAUGGAGGGGAUCUGGAUGUGUCUGGAAUCUCACACACAUUACACACAGGGUUAUCUCAUAUGAUAAAAGAGGUAAAUGUAUUCUUCAAUAUACAGGAAGCUUCAGACAUAUUACUGGAUGUGAGCACAGCUCAGAAUAAUCUACAGAUAUCAGAUGACAUGAAAACUGUAUCCAGGUCAGAUAUAGAGCAGAAUCGUCCAGAAACACCGGAGAGAUUUCAGAGGUGGGCCCAGGUAUUAAGCAGUCAGAGAUUUUCCUCGGGGCGACAUUACUGGGAAGUGGAUGUCAGAGAGUCAGAAGAUUACAGCGUCGGGAUGUGUUAUCCCAGUAUAGAGAGGAGAGGAGGGCAGUCACUGAUUGGAUAUAAUAAGAAGUCCUGGGGUUUGUGGAGGGAUAGUGGUGGGUGUUAUCUAAUACAUGACAAUAAACAGAUCAUCACAUCUCCCGAUCUCUCCAGUAACAGAGUCAGGAUCUCUGUGGAUUAUGAGGCCGGGCAGCUGUCCUUUUAUGAUCUGUGUGACCCAAUCAGACACCUCCACACCUUCACCACCACCUUUACUGAGCCCCUCCAUGCCGGGUUACGUGUAUGGAAAGGUUCUAUAACAAUAUCCGGGGGUGAGGGGCGACUGAAGGAACGCCUGACUUUGGAUUGCUGUGCAUUUAUGCGGGCCUCUAGUAGUCUGUCGCUUAGGGUUGAGCUUCUUGAGCACGAUGAUCUGUAUGACCGAGAGGAAUGUUUGGAUGAAUUUGAUCUGUGUGAUCUAGUUUCUUGCAAAUGGGAGAUGCGGAGUUCCGCUUUAUCUUUAGCAAGCAGCACCAUGGACAUAUACCUUCAAUAUAAACAUUUAUUUCUCCACAAACUUCCUCAAGAUAAAAGCUGCAAGACCAGCUCAGCCCCUCCCUGUGCCGAGGAAUGUGAGACGCCCUUUAGAUUUUCCUUGUCGGAGACUUUUUACUUUCAUUUCUCUCUUCUGCUGUCAGCGAUGGCGUCUGCUGAUCUGAGACAGGAGCUGGACUGUUCCAUCUGUCUGACCACAUAUACAGAUCCUGUAAACCUGAGAUGUGGUCACAACUUCUGCCGGGUCUGUAUUGAUCGUGUGUUGGAUACACAGGGGGGGUCUGGAGGAUAUUCCUGUCCUGAGUGCAGAGAAGAGUUCCGGGAUCGGCCUGUACUGCAGAGGAACAUAACACUACGUAACAUAGUGGAGACUUUCCGAUCUACUCAGCUGGAAGAAGGGAAGACUGGAAUCUUCUGUACUUAUUGCUAUCACUCUCCUGUACCUGCUGUUAUAUCCUGUCUGCAUUGUGAAGCUUCUCUGUGUGAUAAUCACCUGAGAGUCCACAGCAAGUCACCAGAACAUGUCCUAACUGAUCCCACCACUUCCAUGGAGAACAGAAAAUGCUCCAUCCAUAGAGAACUUCAUAAAUAUUACUGCACUGAGGACUCUGCCUGUAUCUGUGUGUCCUGCAGGCUGGAUGGAGAACACCAGGGACACAAGGUGGAGACUCUGGAUGAGGCCUCUGAGAAUAAAAAACAGAAACUGAGAAAUGUUCUGCAGAAACUGAUGACAGAGAGAGAGGAGACAGAGAAAAGAGUCCAGAGUUUGCAGGAUCGCAGGAGAAAAGUACAAGAAAAAUCGGCCGGUCUAACAGAGAGAGUCACUGCCCUGUUCAUAGAGCUCAGGAGACAUCUGGAGGACCUGGAGAAGAGAGUCCGGAGGAACAUCUCCAGCCAGGAAGAGCGGAUCUCAUUGUCUGAUCUGAUCCAUCAGCUGGAAAUAAAGAAGGAGGAUCUGUCCAGGAAGAUGGAGGACAUUGAGGAGCUGUGUAACAUGACUGACCCACUGACUGUCCUACAGGAAUCAGACACAGGGGACUUGUGUGAUACUGAGGAGGGAGAUAAUGAGGACAGAGAGAGACAUGAUAGACUCCUCCAUGAUGGAGGGGAUCUGGAUGUGUCUGGAAUCUCACACACAUUACACACAGGGUUAUCUGAUAUGAUAAAAGAGGUAAAUGUAUUCUUCAAUAUACAGGAAGCUGCAGACAUAUUACUGGAUGUGAACACAGCUCAUAAUAAUCUACAGAUAUCAGAUGACAUGAAAACUGUAUCCAGGUCAUAUAUAAAUCAGAAACAUCCAGAAACACCGGAGAGAUUUCAGUUGUAUACCCAGGUAUUAAGCAGUCAGAGAUUUUCCUCGGGGGGACAUUACUGGGAAGUGGAUGUCAGUGAGUCAGAAAAUUACAUAGUCGGGAUGUGUUAUCCCAGUAUAGAGAGGAGAGGAGGAGAGCAGUCAUGGAUUGGGUAUAAUAAGAAGUCCUGGGGUUUGUGGAGGUAUAGUGGUGUGUGUUCUCUAAUACAUGACAAUAAAGAGAUCAGAAUAUCUCCCAAUCCCUCCAGUAACAGAGUCAGGAUCUCUGUGGAUUAUGAGGCCGGGCAGCUGUCCUUUUAUGAUCUGUGUGACCCGAUCAGACACCUCCACACCUUCACCACCACCUUCACUGAGCCCCUCCAUGCCGGGUUAUGUGUAGGAGAAGGUUCUAUAACAAUAUCUGGGGGUGAAAGGCGACGUGAGAAAUAAUAAUAUAACAGAAAAUCUGCCCAAAUCUGCUGACAUCACAGAAAUAUAAAUCUGAUGAUUGUUAAAUAACAGAAUAAUGCAGUAGAUUCAUAUUCCAGAUGUCAUAAAUCUAAAGAUUUCCAACACAACCAAUCACAGCAUUGAGAAAUCUCAGCACAGGGAAGUGUGAUUUAUUCUCUUAUAGUGACAAUAAUAAGAUUUGGGGUUUUCAGGGGUUCAUUAAGUGUUAGUGGUUAUGAUAAGACUAAGGCCCCGUACACACAAGAGGAUCGAUCCGCUGAAAUUG